UCCAGGUCUGUGAAUUCACGGGUGAAUUGUGAGAGAGCUGAAUACUGAGCUGCGCCUUCUUCUUGAUAUGACAAUGCAGCAUGAUUAUGUAACAUGCACAAGUUUUGCUGAAAAUGAACAACAUGGAGUACAAUCCCAGGAGAAGAUACUUAUUUCUAAUGGACACCCCGGGAAACCGUGGCAACCUGCUCGAUCAAAGAUCAGAGGGUGUUUAAGGCGUGUUCAGACUGCCAUGCUCUCUCUGGCUGGGUUGGAGUGGUACUGUUAUGCUGCUUUGGGAGUCCUUACUGCUCUCAUGAGCUUCUGCAUGGACCUGACGAUAGCCAAGCUCUUACGAGCUCACCAGUGGCUAUAUGGUUGUCUGGAGGGUAACAUCCUGCUACAAUUCCUGUGCUGGACUCUGUACCCUACCUGCCUCUGUGCUCUCUCAACCAGCUUCUCUCACAGCAUCUGCCCCCAGUCUGCAGGCUCAGGUUUGCCUGAGAUUAGGACCAUCCUCUCAGGUGUACAUUUGCCAGACUAUCUCUCUCUCUCAAAUCUCUUUGCUAAGCUCAUCGGUCUUAUCAGCACACUGUCAGCAGGUAGCACUGUGUUCCUUGGAAAAGUGGGUCCAUUUGUCCAUCUGUCAAAUAUGCUGGGAGCAUACCUUUACCGUUUGUAUGCCACUGCUUGUGGUGAUAAGCAGAUAAGAUCUCAAGGAGAAAUGCUGGUUGUGGCAUCAGCGGUAGGCGUGGCGAGCUGUUUUGGGGCUCCAAUCAGUGGAGUGCUUUUCAGUAUUGAAGUCAUGGGCAGUCACUAUUCAAUACGAGAUUACUGUCCAUGUUUCUUUGCUGCAGUCUGUGGCUCACUCACAUACCGUCUUCUCUCUGUGUUCAGCAGAGAACAAGAAACAGUGCAAGCUGUAUUUAAGACCAGGUUCCCGAGCGAGCUCCCAUAUCAACCACCUGAAAUAUUGAUCUUUGCUUUCCUGGGACUGCUGUGUGGAGCUAUAAGCUGUGUUUACCUCUACAGUCAUCGGUGGAUUCUCCGUUUUGUCAGAACAAACAAAUUCAUCAGCAGGGUUAUGGCAACAGAAAAGACAUUAUAUUCAGCAACCGUAGCAUUCCUCCUGGCAUCAGUGACCUUCCCUCACACAGGAGGAUUUUUCAUUGCUUCCCAGCUCUCGAUGAAGCAGCUAAUUACCUCCUUGCUAGAUAGCACUCGGUGGAACUUAAUUUCCCACAAUGUCACAGUAGCACAAGAAGCCCCUCAUUCUCUUUGGCAAGAGUGGAGUCCACCUGGUUACAGUGUUUUUUACACACUUGGAUGCUUCAUUCUCAUUAAGCUCUGGCUAUUGGUCUUGGCCUGCACCUUACCCCUGCCUGCUGGCUACUUCAUGCCUGUCUUUAUUUAUGGUGCUGCUCUAGGCCGUUUGUUGGGUGAGGGAUUGGCCUAUCUCUUCCCAGAUGGAAUCUCAUCAGGGGAGAGGCUGAGUGUGAUAAACCCAGGGGGCUACGCUUUAGUAGGAGCAGCAGCUUUCGCAGGGGCUGUGACACACACUCUGUCACCUGCUCUAUGUGCUUUGGAGCUGACUGGACAGUCCACUCAUGUUAUCCCUAUUCUAACAGCCACACUGAUAUCCAACGCUCUGGCACGCUCUAGGCAUCAGCCAUCCUUUUAUGAUGGUAUAUCACUCAUUAAGAGACUCCCGCACCUGCCCUCUCUUAUCAGGGCUUGUCCAAAGCUGUCCUCGAUCCAGAUUAGGCAAUUUGUGGUGCCAGUAGGGGCCGUGCUGCAGCGAGCCGAGGGAGUGACGGGAGUACAGCAUGUCCUGAACUCCAGCAAAGAAAACGAGUUUCCCGUAGUUGACACACAUGACUCUUUCACACUUCUAGGAACCGUCACAAGAGCACAGCUGCAAACUUUCCUCCUCUCAAACCAAAGUCAGGAUUUGUGCAAGAGCCUGGAGGAUGAGUGCUCUAUUCAACCUGUUAAGCUGCAGCUUUCUACCGAUGCUACAGUAAAGCAGGCCCACUGCAUCAUGAGUGUUUUGAGAGAGCAGUGUGUGUUUGUCACAGAAAUGGGAAAGUUGCAUGGUGUCAUUACAUGGAAAGAGAUGAAGAACAUGAUUGAAGAUCUGGCCAAGGAAAUCUGAUGUCCAGGCGGAUAAAUGAGCACUACUCUGUCGUCAUAUACUAACACUUCAUAACUCAUUAAAUCAUUUCCGCUUAUCACAACCUCAAAUAUUUCAUCAAGCGCUGAUUUUCUGUGACGAUCAUGUUCAUGUAUAGCUCUAAUUAACCAUAUGCAAAUAAGCUUAUCUGUGGAGAUUGCUGUUGGCCAACAGACCGCUUCCCGGAAUGAGACAGUAGGAGCUCUUUAUUUGGUGCCAUGACUAAGGAGUCUCACUCCUGUGUUCUGUUUAUAGGCCUGAGGGCAGGCCAAGUGAUAAAGAUUUAUUAAAAUCAGCCACGUGUACCCAGUUCUAAUGGAGGAGAUGAGGGAGGUAUAAUUAAAUGAAGCAGCCACUGAGCACCAUAAGACCUAUCACUCUUAUAGGAUGAGCACUCCUGGCUAACCUAACAAACAAAAUGAUAACACUGAUUUUGUUAAUGGCUGAAUGAGUGUGCCCUUCAACGGACGCUAAAAUGAAGAUUGAACUUAGGCAAAAUGUUCACAAAGAACACAAUACAAAGACCAUAGCUUAACGUACACCUUGUGUUUUCAAACAAAAACAAGGCAUGUCAGCAUUGUGCUUUUAAUGUUGGAAAGAGAAAGCAUUAUAUGCUCACUGGUUAAAGUUAAUAGAUUACUCCCAGAGUACACACACACACCUAGUCUAACUGUAGCAAAACAUACGCAAAUUAUGUAUCAGUGGCAUCACAUGUAGCUGAUUUGCUAAUUGGGAUGAUGCAUGUUUUGCAUAAUAGUUAAUGGAUGUUCACAAUAUUUGAUUUUUUUUUUUUAUAGCUCUAAACACUUUAGAAUAUAUAUUCCAUUGCUGACUAUAGUCAGUUGUUUGCUCCCCAGCUUAAUGCCCCUAGUAGUUUAUGUUCAUUAAUGACAGGAGGAUGUAAAUUACUAAUACUAAUAUAUGUAUGAAACAGGGACAGCAAGCAUAAGCUCUGUAGGUAAUGACUAAAGUAUUUAACUAACACAUAUGUUUUUAUCAUGACAAAACUAUUCAGUUAAUAUAAAAUAAAAAGAAAUCUGUCAGAAACAAACCUCAAAGUACCUCAGUCACUAAGAAGAGCUUUCUUAGAAAAAGCAUUACAGUUGAUGCCCUCAAACUAAGCCUUCAUAGGUUUCAUCAUAUUGGGAAAUAUUAACAUUGUGUCACAACUUGUGAAAGUCAAAAACAAAACCCAAUUUUGCCAUUAAUAUAGAAAAAUCUUCUCUGAGUGGACAUA